UAAUCUAUGGCCUUAAAAACUAACCCUAAAUUUUUAUGUCAUUUUCUCGUUUCGUAUUGAAUGUUUAUUAUUUAUUCGCCCCUAAUUCGAGUUACAGAUUUGUAAGUCAGUCGUUUAUUUAUAUUUACUUUUUACGGCUCACUAUGAGUAGUAGCAGCAGUGAGAAUGAGGCUGAUGUAGACAAUACAGCUCAGGAAGAACAAGAUGAAGGUGACCGAACAUCAAUUAGAGCAGAGCUUUCGUCUCUGUCUUUUGAAGAGCUUCAAAAUCUAAAACAGAAACUAGGUGCGAAAGUAUAUAAUGAAGCUCUUUUUGGGAAGAAGGAUAAACAUGUUGAUAAUAAACCUAAAGUUUUCAAAAGAGAAAACAAAAAUCGCCCUCGAGAGAUAAGUUCAAAAAAGCCUGUUCCUUUCCUGUCAGCAGCACCUGCAGCAAAGAAAAAAGAAAUAAGAGAUCCCAGGUUUGACCCACUUUGUGGAGAAUUUGAUAAGAAACAAUUUUCUGAAGACUACAAUUUUCUAUCUGAUCUUCGAAUUAAAGAUAUUAAAGCAAUUCGUGCAGAGCUAAAGGAGACUACAGACCCUGAAAGGGAGAAGAAACUGCGCAGACUAUUGCAGAGGUUGAAUGACCAACAUAAAGCCAGCAAGAAAAAGAAGGUGGAAAGUGAAAAAGUAGUCGGGCACAAGGAACAAUUGAAAGCAGAUUUUAGGGAAGGAAAACAGCCUCAUUUCAAAAACAAAUCUGAACAACGAGUUGAGGCAUUAGUAAAGCAGUAUGAGGAGCUGAAGAAAGAGGGCUCUGGUCGCAUCCAGCGACAUCUCAAGAGACGCCAACAGAAAGUCAAGAAACGUUCUCAUAGAGCUCCUACUGGUGUCAGUUAAAACAUGAUAUAUUGUUGAAUAAAAUUU